UCUCUCCUCUACCACCUCCACACCCUCUUCCUCUUCAACAAGAGCGACGUCAAGACUGUUAUCGUCCCCCAGGCCGUCUUUGCCCUGGCCGCAGCAUCGUCAUGCCUGCCAACUCCUGCCUCUGGUGACCCGUCCCCGAUCCGUCCCUCCACCCUGCCAAGCAUCACCCCAACCCGCACCCUCCUCAUGCUGGCAUGGCUCUACUUGCACGUCCUCCUCGAGAGCAUCGCCAACCAGCGCCUCCCGUCCUCGAUCCUCGAAGACUCGCUCAACAAGCCCUGGCGGCCCCUCCCAGCCGGCCGGAUCACCCCUUCCCAAUCUCAGCGCCUCCUUCGCUUCGGCGUGCCGGCGGGCCUCGUGCUGAGCGUCGUCCUGGGUAACGUCGCCCCCGCGGGCGUGCUGAUCUGCCUGAUGUGGGUGUACAACGACCUGGACGGCAGCUCGGCGGGCCCUUUGCAGCGCAACCUGCUUAACGCCGCCGGGCUCGCAUGUUUCGGGUGGGGUGCUCUCGGCGCGCUCAGAUGGACGCUGCUCAUCGCGCUCAUCGUCGCCACGACCAUCCACGCGCAGGACUUCCCGGACCUCGAGGGCGACCGGGAGCGCGGGCGCAGGACCAUGCCGCUCGUCUACGGGCAGAUGCCGAGCCGCUGGGCGCUCGCGGCCGGCCUUGUCACGUGGUCCGUGGUGUGCCUGCGCUUCUGGGUGGUGCCGCUGGGGAUCUGCUGGAUGCCGCCGGUCCUGCUGGGCGGAUUCAUGGCCGGGCUGACGGUGGUGAACGGGAGCAGGCGGGACCAGGGGACGGACGAGCUUGUGUGGAAGCUGUGGUGCUUGUGGAUGGCUGUGUUGUUUCUGCUGCCG